AUGUUCAGAAAGAUCCACUCCAUCUUUAGCUCCAGCCCGCAGAGGAAGGAGGCAGCCGAGAGCCCCUUCUAUGACGGAGCCAGCCCCACGGUUAAGCUGAUUCGAAGCAGCUCCAUGUACGUGGUUGGGGACCAUGGGGAGAAAUUCAGCGAGUCCCUGAAGAAAUACAAAAGCACCAGCAGCAUGGACACCAGCCUGUACUACCUGCAGCAGGAGGAGGACCGGGCGUGGAUGUUCUCCCGCACCCAGGACUGCCUGCAGUACCUGCAGGAGCUGCUGGCCCUGCGCAAAAAAUACCUCAGUAGCCUCGGGGACCUGAAGCCCCACCGCGCCCCGGGCGUUUCCCAAACCUCCUCCAAGUCCUCCAAAGGAGGGAAAAAGGCCCCCGUCCGGUCCACUCCCAAAGAAAUAAAGAAACCAGCCUCGAAGAAAUACUCGCAGUUCAGCGCCGACGUGGCCGAGGCCAUGGCUUUCUUUGACUCCAUCAUUGCAGAGCUGGACACAGAGCGGCGGCCGCGGGCUGCUGAGGCUGCCUCUCCAAAUGAAGACGUGGACUUUGAUGUGGCCACCAGCUCCCGGGAGCACAGCUUGCAUUCCAACUGGAUCCUGCGAGCGCCGCGCAGACACUCCGAGGACAUCGCCGUGCACGCCCUGCACACCGCGGACGGCCAGUUUCGAAGGAGCACCGAGCGCAGGACCAUCGGCACUCAGAGGAGACUCGAGAGGCACCCCAUUUAUUUGCCCAAGGCUGUGGAAGGGGCAUUCAACACCUUGAAAUUUAAACCCAAAGCCUGCAAAAAAGACCUGGGGAGCUCCAGACAAAUCCUCUUCAACUUCUCGGGAGAAGACAUGGAAUGGGAUGCAGAGCUCUUUGCACUGGAGCCCCUGGCGCCACGUGGGGAGGACUACUAUGAGACAGAGAACCCAAAAGGGCAGUGGCUGCUUCGAGAAAGACUCUGGGAGCGGACAGUGCCCUGA